ACAGACUUUAGAACUACAACCAACAUGGCGGCUUCCAGCACCGUGUCAUGCAAGCGGUAGAAACGCCGUCUUGUAGUAACAUAUUCACGUUUUUCUGUCGGAUAUUUUGAGUUUCCCCAAACAGACAAUGUCUCUGUUUUAACCCGCCAACACACAUCUCGGAGAGAAGUCCGCCAUGUUGGUAUCGGGAGCCUGCAGGACGAAGGUCAGGUCCCUGGUCUCUCUGAGAGACAGAAGACUGUCAACCAGCCAGCCUGACCCACCGGGCAAAACCCACCACCCUUCGCCAGAGACCCCCGGUCCCUUUGGUCAGCCUCCCGUGGGGCAGCCGAGAUGGAGACCCAAAAAGGACCCCAGCGACUGCUCUGUGCUCCUCUUCCCUGGCCAGGGCAGCCAGUUCGUGGGCAUGGGCAGGGGACUUUUAAAAUACCCCAAUGUUAAGGAAAUGUUCACGGUCGCCCAGAAAAUCCUCGGGUACGACCUGCUGUCUCUGUGCACGGAGGGGCCCGAGGAGGAGCUGAGGAAGACGGUUCACUGUCAGCCGGCGGUGUUUGUCACCUCGCUGGCUGCUGUGGAAAGACUCAACCAUGUGAACCCGAAGGCCAUUGAGACCUGUGUCGCUGCUGCAGGAUUCAGCGUUGGAGAAUUUGCCGCCCUGGUUUUUUCUGGUGCCAUGGACUAUGCAGAAGCUCUGUAUGCGGUGAAGGUGCGUGCCGAGGCCAUGCAGAAAGCUUCGGAGCUGGUUCCUAGUGGGAUGCUGUCAGUCGUUGGUAGACCACAGGCGCAGUAUAAACACGCCUGUCUGCAGGCGAAAGAGCACUGCAAGAGCCUGGGCAUGGAGGACGCCGUGUGCUCUGUGGCGAACUAUCUGUUCCCUGAUGGCAGGGUCAUCGCAGGUCACCAAAAGGCUCUAGAUUUCCUCCAACAAAACUCGAGACGUCUCGAGUUCAUGAGGACCAAACCUCUCCCGGUGAGCGGGGCGUUUCACACCGAGCUGAUGCAGUCGGCUACUGAACCCCUCAGAGACGUGCUCCGACAGGUGGAGAUCCGUCGCCCCGAAAUCAACGUGUACUCAAACGUGGACGGCAAACGCUACAUGAACGAGAGCCACGUCCGCAGGCAGCUGGUGAAGCAGCUGGUGUCGCCGGUGAAGUGGGAGCAGACUCUGCACGAGAUCUUCGAGAGGACGCAGGGGAGGAAGUUCCCUCACACCUACGAGCUCGGCCCGGGGAAGCAGCUCGGGGCGACGCUUCAGAAGUGUAACAGGAAGGCCUUCACCAAUUACUCACAUGUGGAAGUCACCACUCAUGAAGACUGAGAAGUUGACCGACGCACGGUUGGAGAAAAAAAAAAUGAGCCUCUGUGCUCAUUUUAAAGAACACAAGAUCUGUAAAUCCUACAAGCUCCUGUGGCAGCUUCUUUUGAUCUUGUAUGUGUAAAUAAAUUAUUUUUAGUCAUGGAUACACAAGUUUUCAUCAUGAUGUAGUUUAUUUGCAAUACAUAAAAAAGCACUUUCAAAUCAGAAACAGAAAGCCCAGCUCCCUUUGUUUUAUAUUAGGCCUGGUUAUGUCUCAUUUACGUUUUUAAAAAAAGGCUUCUUAUACCAGUAAGAAACGUAUCUGCUAACAAAAGACUGCAAACCAGCAACAGUCCGGUCAUAGAAGACAAGACUUUUAAACCUUAAUACAUCCGUGAAACAACAUGUCACUGCUACAAUAUGCUGGCCAAGUCCUCAGGCAACACUGUAAAGCUAAUUUAAACCAUUUCAACAGAACAAAUUCAAUAUCCUUUUUUUCUCCUUCUCCUGUUUCUGUUCAUUCGGUGGGGCAAAAAUAAAAAAAAGUAAA